CCGUGAUGGACAAACAUUCACUGAGUUGCGACAUGAAACUUUUAUCUAUUAAUAGCGGUAGGAUUCCCGUUGGGACGCGCUCGAAGUUUGCCAUUGACCGCGGUCGCAGCCGUGUCGGUUACUCGUAUAUUAAUAAAUAACGUAAUAAUUUAUAUUUCGAUAAUGAGCAUAGAGCGACGGAUGGGUCCGGCGUCCACGCAUGUGAGCAGACGUCUCUUCGCCUUUAUAACGAUUUUCACAGGCGUUAUUUGUAUAUUUGGAGGGUAUAUGCUGGGCCGCAUGACGCAUCCAGAGCUCAAACACACCAACGAUGUAAUCUCAACAAAUUUGACAAUCGCAGCGGACAACCUUUUCAAGCGGGCCAAACGAAUAUCGCCGAAGGCCAUUCACCACAACGAUCCAGAAAAAAUACAAACAAAACUUUCAAACAUAUUCAACUGUGGAAUGGAGUGUGGGACAAUAAAUAAAUAUAAUUUAGUAGAUUAUGUCAAACAUUCGAUUAAUUACGAAGUGUCUAUAGUAAUUAGGUUAAUCAAUAACGCGACUUCAUAUUUGGAAUCACUAAGAUGAUAUAAGUAGUGAUGCCUAAACAAUUCCUAUGAAAGCAGAAGAACUUUGUGAUAAAUUAGGCUAAUCAAUUCCUAUGUCGUUAUUAUAGAAUAACUAAUGAUAAUAAUAAGUAUAUUAAUUAGUACUUAGUUUUUUUUUCUUUAUACAACUUAGAAUGGCAAACAAGCUGACGGCCCACCUGAUAAAAAGUGGUAACCGUCGCCUAUAGACAUGAGCAGUACCAUGGACGUAACAGAGUAUACUGUUUCGCCCAUGAUAACCCCCAUGCGUUGCCAUUCCUGAGGACUCAGGUGUUAUUCUUCUGUACCCAGUAAAUUCACGCCAUAUCCCACCCUUCAAACCGAAACACAGCCAUGCAAACACAACUGCUUCACGGUUGAAACACGAAUACACUCUGGUAAUUAUUAUUAGGAAUUUAAGGAUAAAAUGAUUUUAUUAUUUUUGUAAAUUAUUUACACAGAACUAUAUUAACAUAAUAGAUAAAUAGUACUUAGAAAGUAAUCAAAAAUGUAGAUAUACCUUAGAUUACAUAGAUAGAGAGUCCCCAUAUAACUUACGCACUUCACUAAAAACUAGUUAACUUUUUUAUUCUUGUCUGCGUAAAUUGGGAUACCAGUAUCUACAGUUAAUACUAUGUGAAAAAAAUUAUACUAUAAGAUUAUAUACAAAAAUAAAUUAACACAAAAUUCUUACCUAUAUAUUUAAAAGAAUAAGAUAAUCAGUGCAUAAUGAUUCUUUAUAAUGCUUAUCUUGAAUGAAUAAUUUUGAAAAUGACUACUAUUUUAAUUAACACAUGUUAUUUAUAAGCAACACGUACAUAAGUAUAUAUUAUAUCAGAUACAAUAGUUCCAAAUUAAAAUAAUAAAAAAAAAACCUACUUGAUCUGAGUCUUUUUUUUAAAUUAGUGAUAAUAGAAUGGUUACCCUGUCUGCGUUAUUGGUAUACGUUGACGGGGCACCAGUGAGGCAUGAUAGCUGAGGAUGAAACUAGGUCAGUUAGCCUAUUGUGACGGAUCCGACAAGAAUUAAUCACGAUGAUUUCCAGGGGGAACCGCGUGGAGGUCGAUCUGACAGGGUAUAUUGCUAGAAAUGGGGAUUACUGUCCCCGUUACUAACAAUCCCUCUCCCUCCGACCUGACCUGGAUCAGCCAAAUCGCAAAUUAGCUGACAUUUUUUUAAUACUUGAUUCUCUAGAUCCUCACAAUGAGCUAACUGACUUACUUCAUCCUUAAAUUGGGGGGAAAGAGAUUGUUAGUAAUGGAGACUGAGAAUCCUAUUGCUAGCAAUAUACCCAACCAGGUCGACUUUCUCGCGGUUCUCCCUGAAAAUUGUCAUGGUUAAUUCCUGAUGAAUUCAUCAUGAUGAGCUAACUGGCCUGUUUUCAUUCUCAUCUAUCACCCUUCACUGGUGCUCCGCCGGCGUAUCCCGUUAGCGCAGUCGGGGUUACUAUACCAUUAUCAGCUAUUAAAAAAAGGGUUGUAAUAGAUACUAAGUGUUAAGAAUAAAUUAUCAAAUUACCUGUGACAAGUUUAUUUCAUUUUAGAAACUACUCUAUAUUUUUCAUCUAAAACAUUCUGAAGUCUAAAGAAAGACUUCGAUCUGUAUACGAGUAUAUAGGUAGUACAUACUUUUUUAAUGGA